GCGGAGAAUAUUCGCGAAAGGUGCGAGUGAUCGAACUUGAGAACGUGAGAUCAGAGUCGACUACGAGACACGGACCUGUUAAGACCCGCUCCAAAUCAUAUCAAAUUUAUAUAUAACUGUUAUCUUUUAAUAUCUGACAAUAUUAAAUUAUUUUCUUGUAACAAACCAAAUCCACACCAAAACUUAUUAGACUAUGACUAUCAUGUGGAGCAUAAUAUUAUGCAUCGUGGUAUCGGUGGCCGGCAAGCAGAUCACUUUUGAAAAUUACAAGGUCUUCAAAAUUAUUGCGACUACAUCGACAUGGAAUGAGUUGAUUAAUCGUUUGGGACAAAUUUCAGAUGGAUAUUCCUUCUGGAAGGUAUCGUUUGUGAGUAAACAAGUGGAUCUUAUGGUAGCCCCGCAUAAGUUACCCGAAUUCUACGACAUAAUGGCGCAGAUCCAAGCACCAUACAAAGUUUAUAUUGAGAAUGUUCAGACAUUAAUCAAUCGGACAAUGCCAACAAAUGCAUCAAUGAAAUUUGAUUUUAAAAAUUACUAUGAUCUCGAUACAAUUUACAAGAAUCUAGAUGACUUGGUAGAGCAACAUCCCAAUGUAGUGCAAAGUAUAGAAGGCGGCGAGACAUAUGAGGGACGUAAAAUCAAAGGUGUCAAGAUUUCUUUUAAACCGGACAAUCCUGGAGUCUUUAUUGAAAGUGGCAUUCAUGCUAUGGAAUGGAUCGCACCAGCAACUGCCAUGUACAUCUUGCAUCAAUUGCUGACAAGCACCGACACGGAGGUCAGGACUCUGGCUGAGAGCCAUGAUUGGUAUAUCUUCCCAGUGUUCAAUCCCGAUGGAUACGUGUAUACACACACUACAAAUCGACUUUGGAGAAAGACACGUAAGCCCUACGGUUCCGAUUGUUAUGGCUGUGAUCUCAACAGGAAUUGGAAUUACAAAUGGAACACUGGAGGUGCUAGCAAUAACUCAUGUUCUGAAAUCUAUGCCGGACCUGCGCCGUUUUCCGAAAUUGAGACAAGCAGCAUGUCCACAUAUAUCAAUUCCAUUUCCGACAAUUUCUAUGUGUAUAUUGCGCUCCACAGCUAUUCGCAACUAUUGAUGUUCCCUUAUGGUUAUACAGUAGAUCGUGUUGAUAACUAUAACUUACUG